AUGCUUCGGUGUGCUAUGCCAAAAACACCCAGCGCAGCAUACUGACAGAUACCGAUAGCUGAUAUGACCGCCGUCUGACAUUCCCUGCACCUCACCACCCGACAAACAUUGGCUCCGGCGCAUCACAAUGUUGCCCUACAUCAAUGCCCCCUUCGAGUACGUUGGCAGUUCAAUCGGCACGUCUCCAGAUGAGCUCAAGCUCGUCUUCUCCUUCUACCUGUCCUACCCCCUGGCUGCUAUCUUGAAGCGUAUACCAGACAAGCAGCCAUGGCAGAAGAAUGCCUUUGUCAUAACUGUUUCCCUCUUCUACCUGGUCGGUCUGUUCAGUCUAUGGACCGGCAUUCGGACCCUCUUCAUUAGUGCUGCGGGCGCCUACGCUAUCGCAUCCAAGAUAAACUCUCCUUACAUGCCAUGGAUUGGAUUCGCGUUUCUCAUGGGACACAUGUCAGUGAACCACAUCUAUCGCCAGUCAAUCGACGACCCAUCCUCCGUCGACAUCUCAGGAGCCCAGAUGGUCCUGGUCAUGAAACUUACAGCCUUCUGCUGGAAUGUGCAGGACGGUCGACUGCCCGACGCUGAGCUCUCCGACUUUCAGAAAGAGCACGCUAUUAGGACCAUGCCUAGCCUUCUUGACUACACAGGCUAUGUGCUUUUCUUUCCAGCUCUCAUGGCUGGCCCAGCGUUCGACUACUGCGACUACAGCCAGUAUAUCACCACAACCAUGUUCACACUGCCGCCAGGAACCGACCCAGCAAAAGCCCCAGCGACCCGAAAGAAGCGCAAGAUUCCUCGCAGCGGCACGCCAGCCACCAUCAAGGGACUCUACGGCACACUGUGGAUCGUUGCUUUCCUGAAGUUCUCCGCUUGGUACUAUCCCUCCUUCUUUCUGGGUGACGAGUACAUGAAGUAUGGGCUGCUGCGUCGAGUAUGGCAACUGUACAUGUUUGGACUCACUGUUCGCAUGAAGUACUAUGGCGUGUGGAGCCUGUCCGAGGGUUCAUGUAUCCUCUCUGGAAUCGGCUACAACGGCCUUGAUCCUGUCACUGGACGCGCAAAAUGGGACCGUCUCACGAACAUCAAGCCUAUUGAGAUUGAAACAGCUCAGAAUGCCCGAGCAUUCCUAGGCUUCUGGAACAUCAACACAAACCAGUGGUUGCGGAACUACAUGUACCUUCGCGUCACUCCCAAGGGUAAAAAGCCCGGAUUCAGGGCCACAUUGGCGACAUUCGUCACAAGCGCGUUCUGGCACGGUUUUUACCCUGGCUACUACAUGGCAUUUGUUCUUGCGUCGUUCGUGCAAACCACUGCAAAGAAUGGACGCCGUCUGAUCCGCCCCUUCUUCCUUACUCCCGACGGAAAAUCGCCUCUACCCUCGAAGAAGUACUACGACAUCUUCACCACCAUCCUCACUCAGCUGGUCUUCUCUUUUACCGUCGCGCCCUUCAUCUUCCUUGGCUUCUCCGACACACUGAAAGUUUGGGCACGCGUCUACUUCUACACACUUUUCGGAAUCGCUGCAUCGUUUGCUUUGUUUUCCAAGUCACUGCCCCUCCGCAAAGAGAUUGUUCAGCGCCAAGCUGUUCGAGUGGCAGCCGCAACUCCUGCGGUCGAUGAAUCCACCAUUGAGCGCCUGGCAAGGGAAGAACUCGACGCAGAGAGACUGACAAGAAUCAACUCAGCAGAUAGCACUGCUAGUUAUCGCAAGGCGCCUACUCUUGGAAUUGCAGAUGAUCUUGAAACAGAGAUUGACGAGAUUGUCAGCGAGGUGAAAGCAGAGUACGAAGAGCGGAAGAGGCGGGGAAGUGUGCUCCAGGGCUUCGAUGUCAAAAAGGCCGUUCAUGAGAAGAUACUAGACUUUCAGAAAGAGCUAAAAAGGGGUGGUAAAUAGUCGAGGGAGGUUCAGUGUCUGGAAAGGGUAGAUCGAUGCUAAGGUUUCUCCAUGAAAUAACGGACUUCACGCAUUUAUUCAGCGUAUCUAUGGAUGGAUUUGUAUACAAUGGGUAGGUGCUUCGUAUUGAGUGUGAACACUCACAAUAGUCACCGUUCCAACGUCGUUUGUCACUGUUGUUAUUGUGGACAGUCGUGCUAGCUCAUUUC